UUCGCGGGGUGUGUUGAAAGGAGUGCUUUCCGUUCUGACUUCUCAAACAAACUAAAAAAACGAUAAUAUACAUGUGCGAAUAUUCGUGUUCGAGGAAUAUAAAUGCCCAGCUUGAUAACUCAACAAGUGCUGACGAUGGACUUGAUGGAACAAACCGAGUAUAAACGUUGUGAGACGAAGGAUAAGUACCUUGUAAAACACACUGAAAGGCAGGAAUCAAGACAUACUGUGAAGGUGGAGGUAUUAAUUCGUAGUAAGUUGGAGUCCACCAUCACAUCCUUCUCUAUGAAAAGGCGGCAGGUCGUGGCUCGCCACAGGCGAGAGCAGCACCUGAAGAAGGACUUGAAAGUAUCACCCAAGAAAGAUGUGAUGACUAGGACCAACAGCCGAUCAAGGCAGCGUAAUGUGGGUCAAGGGCAACGUACCCUCAGCUGGGAUCCUGACACUUUCUGCUCCGAUAGUGACUGUUCUGUAGUGAGCAAUGAUGUUGACAAGGCAGGGACCACACCGGCAUCUGUUGUUGACCUCACUGGCAGUGUCAGCCCAGCUCAGAGUAGUGAGGAUGUUGUUGUGUUACUGUCGGCUGGUGAGGAGGACAAGGUCCAUCGUUCGGAGUUGGAAAAGUUAAGGCAGAGCUCACUUGCUCCUGUUCCGGUUAGAAAAAUAUCCUUACCCCUGAAGUCAAUGGCUGAAGACACUUUGCAAACACUCAGACUAAAGAAAGACUCACCAGGACAAAAGCUGAUUUCUUGCAGUCCUUUUAAAUCUCGCACUGAGAGCCAUGAGUGUUUUGACAGUCGGUUGGAAACCAUUUCUGAAGACUCUGUGACGUCAGGUCCCAGCUCUCCUCACACUGCUGAUACUUCUCUCAGAUGUACAGAGUGCAACAAGCUUUUUACCAAAAUGAGGAGACUAGGACCUCCAAGAACCAAAAAAAGGGACAAAGAUCCAACCUCUCUAUCAUGUGAUGAAUGGUUGCUCAAAAAAGCAUGGCACCCACAGAGACGACGGCACAUGAAAGGAAAGCUAUGGGUGCACUUGAAGCGAAUUAGGAUGCUUGCUCUGAAGCAUUCAGCUGCUGAAAUGACAAAUGUAUGGCCGCUGUGCUCUAGACCUCACGUCUUUCUGCAGAGGAAUUUGCGUCGCUGCAGGGAAAUGUCCAGCAUGCUUGAUCAGUCUGAGAGCAAAGUCAAGUCACGUCGCCGUAGACUUAAAGCAACAAAUGCAUGGCCUCCACUCUGUGCAAAAUAUCAAAGGCAAAAAAAGAGGAAAUCCUCUGAGAAGGACAGUACAUCACAGCAUCUUUCAGCCCUGGACUUCACCAUCGUCACCAACUCCAUGGAGAACAAACGGCCUGCAAAGCAUGAUGCUCACCAUACUGGUUCACAGCAGCAGAACAAAGUUCUAAAGAAGCAAAUCUUUAGUGACAAGAGUGACGUCCUGGAUGAACAGACAGGUUGUGAUAGCCUAGAGGGAACUCGCAGGGUGCUGAAAUUUGAUGACUCUAUAUGUAAAUUGGCCAUGGACCCACGGAAACCAAGACAGGGCCUUGCACAUAAACAUGCAGAAAGAAAACUACAUGAAGGCCAAGCAGAUUUCACAGGAAAGGAUUGUACCGGGGCAGAAAAAGUUCUUCGUGAAGACCUGGAAGAGUUUAGAACCCCCCCAGACAUCUGCAGUGUGGAGUCUAAGAUUGUCAGGAAAAGUCGUCCGUCGUUCUUUUCCUCAGGCCAUCCGCCACAUACGGCACACAAGGACAGUUUUAGGUCCAUGUUAGCUGCAUUUGAGAAGAGUCACAACAGGAUUAUUAAAGAAUCCCAUAACUGAGGGUUUUGCAGUGGCUUGUGUUGCCCUUGUUUGGAAAUAUUUGGUGAGUUACUCUGUCCUGUCAUGGAGCUAGAAAAGUUAUAGAUGGACAUCUGAUUCCUGUAUUGCCUGUGAAACAUUUCAAAACUUUGGAAACCAGCGUUGAUCAGUCUGUAUGAUGUGAGAAAGCAUACCAAGAGUUGUUGUUUGUAUGUUGUUGUUUUAACUUUUGAAAAUGUUAAGAACAUCAAUUUGGCAUUGCCAUUGUUUUGUAAGACGAGAUAAGGGGGAUGUUACAUUAGUUUGGCAUGGUCUUUGUAUGUUCAAUAGAGGGAAGCCUUUUGUUUUUUCAAAUGGACGAAGCAAAGUUUUGCUGCCACGUUUCUAGUGUUGCUGAAACUUUAGGUCAUUGUCCUUUUCACAGACUUUUUUUUUUCUUUGAAGAAAGCAGUAACACACUAUGUUAAUAAAAUAAAUACAAAUAAACUGUAUA